AUGAUGUUGCAGGUCAAUAGGUUAAAGGGGAUCUAUCUUUUCCGAGCUGCAGUGAGACUGGUCUUGGAAUAUAUCGAAUGGUUAACUGAGAAGUCUGUAGUUGAAGAAGUCAGUGACGAUAUUACAAUUAAUAUUCGGAAGGCACAAGAAAAAAAACACGAAAAGAAAGCUCUUACUCUAGAGGAUCGUUCUUAUUUAUUAACGAGGCCAGAAGACCGAUCAUCGGACGACAGAAAAUAUAUAUAUGAAUUAUUUAAAAAGUUUCGCGUGUUCAAAAAAUAUCCUGAACAUUUGAGAGAAAUUUUAGCGGGGGUAUGCUUUUAUCAAUAUUUACGACCUGAUCGCGUAAUUGUGCGACAAGGUCGCGAAGCUGAAAAUCUUUACUUCAUUAUAAACGGAGAAGUCAGCGUAUCGAAAAUAGUUAUUGAUCGCUGGACUGAUGAAUCGGAAGAGGUUGAUAUGGGCAUCUUGAGUCCUGGCGAUAUAUUCGGUGAAGUCGCAUUGUUGCAUGAAAUACCAAGAUCAGCAGCAGUAUUUACAAAAACCGCAGUAGAUUUGAUCCGCAUUCCUCGCUUGGAAUUCGAUGACGUUUUGCGGUCUCCUUUAAAAAGAGAGUGGGACAUAUUGCAGGAUGCGUUAGUACAUUUCAAUUAUUUUAAAUGUUGGGACGAAGAAACAAUACGAGAAUGUUGUAUUCUCAGUAAAUUAAAGGAUUUUCAACCUGAUGAGGUUUUGUUAGGUGAUGGUAAAGGAAUGGUGAAUCAUGUCCAUUUCCUAUUAGAAGGUGAAUGUCGUCUGAUAGAACACAUGAUUGUUCGUAAAACACAUUCUGUUUAUGGAACUCAAUACGAAUUAUACGAUCCUGAAAAGGAUAAUGCAAAGAAGGAACCCAGAUUAUUAAAGAGCUUAGAAAUGGCUACAAAGAUGGACGAAUUAGAAUACGAAUAUGAAACUACCAAAGCAAAUGGCAUUGACGAUGCUAUCGACGGAAGUCGAGAUUUCAUAGAUUAUGCACAACUCUUACUAUCAUCGAAAGCAACUGAUAGGAGAAUGGAUUUUGAACGUUCAAGCGUCAUUACAACUACAUUAUUAGAUGUCAUGAAUGAAUGGCAAAAAAUUACGGAUGUAGCAGAAAUGUUGAUGAGAGAACCUUCAUCAACUUCUCAGCAACGUUAUCCGACUGACGUACGUACAAUAUUUAUGCAAAUUUGUACGUUUAACAGGGGUGCGUGUUUCGGCUUAGGAGAAAAUAUGGUUAAUCGAAGAAUAGUAGCUACUUCAUCCGUAAGAUGUUUUUUGGUUCCGCGGUAUUGGUUGAGAAUUCAUAAUCGUGCAAAUAUUUGGGAACGCGUAAAGUUGUUCUUGGAUUCCAAAUUUCCUACUGAGGGGCAAUUAUUUGAAAAAUUUGUAACGAAUCGCAGAUGGCUAGAGUACAAGAAGACUUUAAUUGAAGAUAUAGGUAGACAAGGUCGACGUGUUCAUAGCAAUGUAACAAUACAUGAUGUUCCUUAUGCGAUUAGGAUUGCCAACGACAUAGGCGUGGAAAUGUAGUCCUAUGAUUUUUUAAUAAAAAGACUGCGGAUAUUUAUAUGUUUAAAUAUGUAAGAAAGACAUGACAUCUGUAAUAUAAAAUAUACACACACAUAAUAUAUAUAUAUAUAUAUAUAUAUAUAAAACAUAUAUAAAACAUAUAUAUAUAUAUAUACGCGCGAAAAAUGGACAAAAUAUGUCGGCGAUAUGUUUUAUAUAAUUUUAAUAUAUUGAAUAUUAUUUAUUACAUAAUAUUUAGUAAUAGAUAUUCAACAAUACUCUUACAAUUAUUCUAGUAUGUAUAGUUUGUAUUACAAUAAAUUACAAGUACUCUGUCCAAAUUUGUAGUCUUUAACCAAUGACGCUUUUUGACGCUUUUUGACGCAAUGACGAAAUUGCUUUUUGAUUGUUUGAAGAAGUUUUUUAUGGUUAACUUUGACGAAUGCUUUUUCGAUAUCCAUAAAGAGUGCCGUGCAGUAUUGUUCUGUUUCCAGUGCCUGUAAGAUUUCGUUGACGAGUCUGUGCAUUUGUUCUAUUGUGUAGUGUUUAUUCCUGAAUCCAAAUUGAUGGUCCGGUAUUAGUUUUUCUUUUUCUAUUGCUGGUUUUAGGUGGUUAUAUAUUAUCUUUUCUAGUAAUUUGGAAAACGCAGGUAAUAAUGAUAUUGGCCUGUAGGAUGCAGUUAAAUGUGGGUUUUUGUUUGGUUUGGGUAACAUUACGAUCUGUGCUAUUUUCCAGAGUGCAGGAAAGUACGGUAUUCUUAGAAUUGCGUUGAAUAUUAUCGUUGUUAGUCUUAUUGCCUUUGGGGGGAGGUUUUUUAAGAUUUUUCCAUUGAUCAAGUCAUAUCCUGGUGCUUUAUUUGUCCUUUGUUGCCUUAAUUAACUUUUGUAACUUCUUGCUCUGUUGUGCUGAGCAUGGAGCAGCGUUUGUCAGUUGUGUUGCUGGCAUUUUUCACUUCUUCAUUUGUUUGCCAUCUGGGAUUUCUGUUAUUAAUUACAUACGGUGAAAAUGUAUUUUGUAGAUGCUUCGAAAAUUCUUCUGCCUGCUCUUCAUUGCUUCUGGCCCAUGUGUUGUCCAUUUUUCUGAUUGCUGGGAUUGAUUUUAUUGUUUUCUUAACUUUGUUAGUGACUUUCCAUAGGGAGUAGCUGGUAUUCUCAUGCGCGGAUAGCGAUUCGAUGAAUUUUGAGAAUUCGUUAUUAUAAAGUUCCCUUAUUUUAUUCUUUAAUUCCUUUGUAAGUUUAUUUAGGUUUUUCUUGUUUUCUCGUGUUCUCUGUUUUUGCCAUUUUGCUUUCGCUUUUCUUUUUUUCCUGAUUUUAUCUAGGAUGUCCUGUGGAAUAAUUUUUGAUUGCCUGCUAUUUGAUUCAUAGGUGGUGGUUGCCCACGCUGCUUCCUGUAUUAUUUCUAUUACAGUUGCUACUGCCUGCUCAAUGUGUUCAGGUGUUUGCCAAUUGGUGGUUUUAUUGCAAAGCGACUCUGACUUGUUAUAAAGUAGUGGUUUGCUUGUAUAUUCUAAUAUAAUUGGUGUAUGGUCGGAGUUAAGCUCAAGGCUGGUUGUUAUUUUUAAUUUGUUUACGUUUAGUCCUUUUGUUACUGCAAAAUCCAACAGGUCAGGUGUUUUAUUGAGGUCUGUCGGCCAAUACGUUGGUCUUCCUGUAGAUAGUACGUUGAGGUUGCUGUUAUAUAUUAGAAUAUAUUUUACUAGUAUUCUGCCUCUCGGUCUGUUAAUUCUCGAACCCCAUAACGUGUGCUUUGCGUUAAAGUCUCCUGCUGCAAUAUAUUUGUCGCCUAAUGAUUGGAAGUACUCUUCCCAUUUUUUAAGCGUCAUUUUGUGUCUCGGUGGUGCAUAUACUGCUGAUAUCUGGAAGUAAUUGUCAUUGGUUUGUAUUGUGACAGUGGUUGCUUGUAAGUAUUCUUGAUUUGUUUGACUAUGUAGGUGAUGCUUGAUGCCAUUUUUUAUUAUUACUGCAGUUCCUCCAUGUGCUUUGCCUGAGGGGUGUUUAGUGUCGUAGAUGAUGUAGUACGGUAUUUUUAUGUAACUUUUUAGAAUGAAAUGUGUUUUUGAGACAAGUAGUAUAUCAAUAUUAUUUUUAUACAAAAAUGUUUUAGUUAUGAUAACAUAUGUGAUUCACGUUGCGGGCUAGUGACGCGAUAGGUCAAUUCGAAUUCGAAAUACAAACUGCUACGUCUUACAUUUAACAGUCAACAUUACAAAUACGCUGUUUAAUGUGGUUUAUACUUGAUGCCAAUUAGAUAUUAUUAUUGUUAGCACUUUACAUAGUUCCGAUAAAUUAAAUUAAUUUGAUGAGAUAAAUACAUUGCAAUAAGUAAGUGAUACGCAAUAUAUUUUUGCAUACGUUUUCAGACAUAAAUAUGCGAAACAUACGCGUUAUUCAAAAAAUAAUAUAUGAACAACAUAUUUUUAUAAUUUUUUUAAUCAUAUAAAAUUUCUAUCCAGGUUUUACUUUUUUACUUGCAUUCUUGCAUGAACAUUCGCAGUCUAGUCAUAAAAAACAUGUACUUUAUUGCUAUGUUGUUAAGAACAAACACACAAGUAUUGCGAAGAAGGUAAAAAAUUUAUUAUACAAAUUUUAUACAUUCUAAACGUAAACGUUAGACAAUUUAAAUUAGACCGACACACGCGUUUCGUCAUGAUGUUCUCUUAUCUAACGAGUAGAGUUGUGUAAUUAAGAUUAAAACACAUUGUACAUCUUUGGCUAUAAUUAAAUAUAUAAAAUUUUUCCAAAUUCGUACCUAUUAGAUUCAAAUUAAAUCCUGCGUUCAAACUUAUAACGCAUUGAGUAUCGUAUUGAUAAACGAAACCAUUUUACUCAAACAUUAUGCUUUUAUAAAUUGUAUAGAUCUGAAACAUUUUGUUAUUGUUGUUUAAAUAUUUUGUUGUCAAUUUUUCAAAGAUAUAGUAAUUAGUGAUAAUUAAAUCUCUCUUUAACAAGUAAUAAGUACAUUAUUAAAAGUAUUCACCAACGGCAUGUUCUCUCUGUAUAUCUAUGUGUCUUUAUAUCUCAUCAAUACGAUUUCACAUUAAUUCGUACAACAAUACUAUUAAAAAAUAUAUAUACUCAUCGAAUUGACGAUACUUUCCUCCUUUUUUGAAGUCGGUCUAAGUGUGGCGUAAUAUCAUAUCGAAAUAUCGAAGUAUCUCCAUACAUACAUAUUUGGAAUUUGAUUCACAUUUUCAUUCUAAGUAUAAUAAAGACUACAGGGAAAAACCAUGUUAAAUCACAUUUUUACUUUUUAGAAAACAAACAACUGUAAAAUUCUAUUACACUACCAAUUAAUUCCAAAACUAUCUAUUUGGUUUCUUCGAUUAAGUGUUUUUACAGCUUCUUAAAUAUUAAAAAAAUAUUGAAUGUCAGAUUAUAAGAUUAGGUUCACAAUAUUAUACAAGUUAUAGGCAUUAUUGGUUUUUGCGUUAUUGGCUUUUUGAUCAUAGUAUAUAAAAAUACAUUCUUUUAGCUACCAAAUAAGAGCCAUCAAAAUAAGAAAAUCAACAGAAGAAGAAUUAUCAUGAUUUCUUCUUGUGAUCCUCAACUGAGGAUCUACGUGCACGUUUGAAGACUACAUAUGAAAGGCAUGAUAAGUCCACUUUUGCUAAUUCUCCAACUCUUGAUUCAUAGAUGACUCACAAGAGCUUAAGUUUAGCUACUUAAUUUUAGAGUUUGGUUCAUUUUAAUUUGUAUUCCGUGUUUUAAAUAUAAAGAUCACAAUUACCAUUUAUCGCAUAAAAAAUAGAAUGCAAAUUAAAAUUAAACAUUCUAAAACGAAGUAAUCUAGUACAUACCUAAAUUAAACUGUAUGGGCCCGCAUGACUCAACGACAUCGAAAAGAGAACAACCUUUUAAACUUCCGAAAAAUAAAUCAUAGAUUCGUGAAUUAUUGUAAAAAAUCAGACGCAUACAAAUUAUUAUAGCGAUGGAUAAU